GUGUGUGUUCAUGAGGGUGUGUCUGCUGCUCAUAUAAACUCGGUCACUCCGGCGAUUCAUUCACUGCGGAAGUUCCUCAAACUGAAGACCUGUUUUACAGCAUUGUGUCGGAAUGGAGCAUCUGUCCGCGGCGCACGCGCGCCUCUCUCUCAGUCUCUUCCAGAAGAUCUCUGAGGGACACGCGUCAGUAAAUGUCUUCUACUCUCCUCUCAGCAUCUCUGCUGCUCUCUCGAUGCUGUCUCUCGGAGCUGGAGGAAACACGGCGUCUCAGAUGUCCCGGACUUUGCAUUUUCCUGAAGCAGAAGGUGAAAUGCACGCUGGCUUCACUAAACUCCUGAGCGAGAUCAACCGAGCCGGAGCUCCAUACGCACUGAGUCUGGCCAGUCGGCUCUAUGGAGAGCAGUCCUACACGUUCAUCGAGAAAUUCAUUAGUGACACAAGAACCCUGUACGAGGCUGAGCUGGAGACGGUGGACUUCAGUAAUGCAGACGCAGCUCGAGUCAACAUCAACAGCUGGGUGCAGAAGCAGACACAAGAGAAGAUCCAGGAUCUUCUGUCCGAGGGCGAUGUGGAUUCUCUGACCAGACUGGUGCUGGUGAACGCUAUCUACUUCAAGGGCAGCUGGGAGACGAAGUUCAGAGAGGAAGACACCAGAGAGCAGCAGUUCAACAUCAGCAAGAAUGAAUCGAAGCCGGUGCAGAUGAUGUUCCCGAAGGCCAAGUAUUUUUCUAUUUAUUUUAUUUAA